UUGGUGCUACCUUUUGGUCUUUUACCAGCACCUUGUAUUUUCACUAAGCUAACGCGUCCACUCUUGAAUAAGUGGCGAGCCAGCGGGCUCUCAUUUGCCAUCUACCUGAAUGAUGGUUUGAUUUGGUCUACUGCACACAAGUGCAAGCUAGCAGUAAAGAUCAUAAGGGAUGAUCUGUCAAACGCCGGUUUUUUCGUAGCAAACGAAAAAUGUUCCUGGAGACCGCUCCAGAAGAUAACCUGGCUCGAGAUCUCCAUUGACUCUGUAGCUCAAAUAAAUCAUUCUCUUUCGAUCUUCUCAGAUGCUUCUGGCACAGGAGUCGGAACAGUUCUUUAUUUUAAUCCUUCGGAUAACAUUAUAUCUUUUUCUUCUAUUCCUGAAAAGUUCCUAGGCUCCUCUAGUACGCUGCGCGAACUUUUGGCUAUUCUAGAGGCGGCUAAGUUUUUUUCGCGCUGCGGUCACCAUCUUACGAAAAGGAAGUACCAAGUUUCACCUACAGGAGAUGACGGAACACACGACUUCACUUGGAUUCCUCGAUCCUUGAAUCAGGAAGCUGAUAGCGCGUCCCGUUUUAUAGAUUUAGAUGACUGGUCCAUCUCGGACAGCAUCUCCGCAAAGCUCAAAGAGUUUGGGGCCCCUGCUUUCUAG